AUGAGUAAACAACCCACUGUCACCCCGUCAAGCGACACCGCCUUCCGCAAAACCUGGGAUCGCGAAGAAUAUGCCAAAAAAGCCGCCGACGACGAAACCCGCCGCAAAGAAGAAGGCAAAGCGCGCUACGAAGCCAAACUCCUCGGCAAGAAAUGGCACGCCCCAGUCGACUACUCCACCCUCGAAGCCACAACCUCGCGCAAGAACCGUCUCGAUGUUGCGUCAAUGGUUGGCAAGACUACGAUUGUCCCCAGUGGUUCUGCGGUGGGCAAACGGGGUCGCGGGGCGGGGUUCUACUGUGCGGACUGCGAUCUUACGUUUAAGGAUAAUUUGCAGCUCGUGGAGCAUUUGAAUAGUAAGCAGCAUUUGGUUGCGACGGGGCAGAGUGGGGAGGUUGUGCAGGCGGGUGUGGAAGAUGUGAGGUUGAGGUUGAGGAUGUUGGCGCAUCAGAGGAGGGCUAGGGAUGAGGAGGAUAGGCGUGUUUGGCAGUUGGAUUUGGGGGAGAGAUUGAAGGAGAGGGAGGAACAGGAUGCUAAGGAGCGAGAGGAGAAGAGGCGCAAGCGAAAUGAGAAGCGUCGGAAGGGUGGUGAUGGUAUCAAGCAGGAGGAAGAGAGCUGGGAAGGGCGACUGGGAAUUAUCGCAUAA